AUGUCACCUUCCAGCAAAGUGUCCCUCCCAACAGGGGGUGCAACAUGCACAGUGCAGCUUAUCGACACGGGUGCCAGGAUUUCCAAAUUGCCCGCCUCCUUUCUCAUAGGACCCCCUAUAGUGGGAUACGAAUAUCUCCCAACCAUUCCUUCCUGGUCAUUCCUGAUCACCAGUCCAACCGGCCGGAAUGUCGUCUUCGACCUGGGUAUCCCAACUGAUUGGCGAAAUCUAGCACCCAUUGUCGGCAAUAAACUGAAAGCGCGGGGAUGGGAUAUCCAGUCAGAAAAAGACGUGAUUGAUAUUCUGAAGCAACAUGAUAUUUCGCCAAAUGCGAUAAACAGUGUGGUGUGGAGUCAUUGGCAUUGGGAUCAUAUUGGGAACCUUGCCCGAUUCCCCUCUUCUACGGAUAUUGUUGUGGGCCCGGGAUUUAAAGAUGAAUUUCUUCCUGGCUACCCGGUGAAAGGGGAUUCGCCCAUGAGACAGGAAGAGUUCAGCGGAAGAAGACUUCGAGAAAUUACAUUCGAAGGCGAGAACACCCUUCAGAUUGGUCAAUUUCGGGCUUUCGACUUUUUCGGAGAUGGUUCCUUCUACCUGCUUGAUACGCCUGGUCACGCAAUCGGUCAUUUAGCCGGCUUAGCAAGAACAACUACUAGUCCGGAUACAUUCGUCUUUCUCGGAGGGGAUCUCUGUCACCAUAGUGGAGAGAUAAGGCCUCAUGCGUCCCUCCAUAUCCCCGGCGAUGUACUCCAGUCACAUGCCCAGGACUGGAACUGUGCCUGCGCCGAGACUAUGUUCGAUAUUAUCCAGACUACUCGGGACAUGCCGGUCAGCGAGCCAUUCUUCAUCCCAACGAUGGGACACUCGAUCGAGGCAAUCCGAACGAUCAAAAAGGCCCAAGAAUUGGAUGUAGAUGAGAAUGUUCUGCUGAUUUACGCGCAUGACGAUUCCUUCGUUGAUCUGGCGGAUCAGUUCCCCCUAACGUUGAAUGACUGGAAGGAGAAGGGCCUGAGAGAAAGGGUCCGGUGGACCUUUUUAAAAGACUUCAAGGAUGCAGUCGAGGCCUAA